UCAGAUUCUCUUGUUCAAAACAGUUUGCUUAAUCAAAAUCUCUUUGUCUUAUAUCAGAGCUAUGGUGAAAUGAUGUCAGCAUUAUGGGAUGUUCAUCAUCAUUUUCACAUUCAGCACAACCAGAAGGAACAAGUGAAGAAGAUACCAUUGGAGGAGAGACCUGAACUUGGAGCUUUCAAGUCUUUUAACUCCGGAAAGCUUUUAAGACUUUAUAUAGUUGCUGAUGGAGACAAUGGAAAGUUACGGUUCUAUUGAGAAUCAUGAGUCCUCUAAGAAAAAGCUAACGACUGAGCUACCUAGCUCUCCAUGGAAUCCUCUCUCCAGCGAGAAAGCUGGACCGUGGUGGUGGCGAACUACAAAUAAAGAUGAGUUAGCUUCGUUGGUUGCACAAAGAUCUCUAUACUGUGUUGAGAAUUGUGACCUACCAACACCACAGAAGAUGAAACGCUCAUAUUACUCUGUCUCUAACCAAACCAGCUGCAAGAACAGAACCGAGCUGCUAGAAGCGCUUAGGUGUUCCCAAACGCGAGCCAGGGAAGCUGAAAACAUGGCUAAAGAAGAGUACGAAGAGAAAGAGAAGUUGGUGAAGCUCUUGUUCAAGCAAGACUCGGAGCUUUUCGCGUAUAAGCAAUGGCUACAACUGCUUCAGCUUGAAGCGCUUUACCUCCAAAUCAAGAGCAAGGAGAGUGAGAACAACAAGGAGCCACCGGUUUCCAUCCCUUGGAGCAACUCCAAAGGAAGAAAAAGGAGUAAAGGGAAUGGGCUCGUUGGUUUAGCAUUGGGGAUGAGUCUUGUUGGUGCUGGUUUGCUUCUAGGAUGGACUGUUGGAUGGAUGGAGAUGUUUUCUUUCUAG